AAGCAUUCACUUUUGUCCAUCUCUCUACCCACACAAACCCCAUUCCUCUCUUUAGCCCUAACCCUCUAUAUAUACGUGAAGUCCUAGAAAUGCUAAGUUCGUGCCAUCAGUUUUUAUAAUAAGAGAAAACACUUAGAAAUCUAAGUGCAAACUCUCUUCCUCUUCUUCUUCCUAAGAACCCUAAACAGUUUCUAUAAACCAAAAGAAAAUCAUGCCUCUCUUCGACACUCACAACACAUGGGCCUUUGUCUUCGGUUUGAUGGGAAAUGUCAUCUCCUUCGCCGUGUUCCUCUCUCCUGUGCCAACGUUCUAUAGGGUUUGGAAGAAGAAGACAACAGAAGGGUUUCAGUCUCUUCCGUACGUUGUGGCGCUCUUCAGCGCGACGCUAUGGCUUUACUACGCGACACAGAAGAAAGAUGUCUUCCUCCUUGUCACCAUCAACGCCUUUGGCUGCUUCAUUGAAACCAUCUACAUAUCUAUCUACCUUGCCUUCGCCCCCAAGAAAGCCCGGAUGCUGACAGUGAAGUUGCUACUUCUUAUGAACUUUGGAGGAUUUUGUCUGAUUCUCCUCCUUUGCCAAUUCUUGGUUAAAGGAACCACACGUGCUAAGAUUAUCGGAGGAAUCUGUGUCGGAUUCUCUGUUUGUGUUUUCGCUGCUCCUCUAAGCAUUAUCAGGACGGUAAUAAAGACAAGGAGUGUGGAGUACAUGCCCUUUAGCUUAUCCUUAACCCUUACAAUCAGUGCUUUCCCUAAUGUGAUUGGUUUUGGUCUCGGUGCACUCCAAAUGAUACUCUACGUAAUAUACAAAUACUGUAAAACGCCGCCGCAUUUGGGAGAGAAAGAAGUGGAAGCUGCGAAGUUACCGGAGGUGAGUCUUGAUAUGCUGAAGCUAGGUACAAUCGCAUCCCCUGAGCCAGCGCCAAUCACAGUCGUUCGUCAAGCGAACAAGUGUACCUGCGGAAAUGAUCGGAGGGCUGAGGUUGAAGAUGAACAAAACGCUAAAAACGGCAAGCAGUCCUCUUCCGCAACAGCUACAUGAAUUGAUGAAACCAUUUCGUUGACUAUCCACUGUUGACUUUUACCCCAAACUUGAUAUACCAACCACCACGUGUACCCGUUACGCUGUCCUAUUUUUCUGAGUUUAUCAAGUGUGCGAAGUAGAGAGUUAAUUUCCCGGGAUAACAUAUAUAUAUAUAUGCAUUUUCGGAUGUUUUAUAUAUGUUUUUCCGGAAUUAAGUUCUCUACUUCUUUUUAAAUUUUAUGUAAUUAUCUCUAUUGGGGAUAUAUGUAUAUUUCCUAUUUUCCAAUUUAACCAUAAAUAUCUGUUUGCUGUUUUUGUUUCAAGGGGUAUCAUCAUAUCAAUAUAUAUACAAUUAAACUUUCAUUACUCG